AUGAAGACUCUGCCGAUCGUGGUGCCGUGCGACGUGCAGGCCCUGAUCGACGCCAUGAAGAAGAAGCAGCCCCUCGUCGACACCUCCAACUACGGCAUCUUCGAGUACAAGGACAAGACCCAGCUGCGUGACUUGGACCCGGCGAUGAGUUUGACCGACGUGAUGACGGCGCAUGCGGACGACCCCAUGUUCAAGCUCGUCUUCAAGAAGCGCACCCCGAGCGUGGGCUUCCAGGCCGAUAAUGGAAGCGGUGCGAAGGACAUGGGCCUCCUCAUCCAAACCCUCUCCGAGCUGCUCGAACAGUUCCCCAAUCCUCCCGACACCCUGCCCGAGGUCUCGGAUUCGGAGUCGGCCGACGAGCCGCCGGCCGUUUCGCCCGAAAAUUGGACGUCAGACGGCGUCGUGGAGUUCCUCGACAGCAUCGGGAUGGGCGCCUACCGGGACAACUUCAAGCAGUUCAACGGCAAGUCGUUCAGCCUCCUGGGCGAGGCCCACAUGGAGAAGCUGGCGGGCAACGCCGCCGACGGGAAGCUCAUCUACCUGCGCCUCCAGGAGGCCAAGCGGAGCGGCCGCUCCUCCGCCUACUCUUCCUCUUCCCAAGGCGCCGCUACCACGCCUCUCAAGGGCCAGCGCUCGCUGUCGGGGUACUCGGCGACGGGGAGCCUCGUCUCGCAGGUCUCGUCUUCGGAGGAGGUGCCCACCUACCGCAAGCCGCUGCCCAGCCCGGGACCGACGGCGGCGGCCUCGCCCGAGCGGCCCUCCACGCCCGAACCCGCCAAGUCUCCGGCGUCGGCCGCCCCCGCCGAGGCCCUCAAGUCUUCGAAAUUCUCGCGCAGCAUGGGCGAAAUUCCGCUG